GGGAUAUCGAGAUUAAGUUUCCAAAACCAAUCGAGACGUUUUCCGCAUUCGAUAAAAAGCUUAUGUUGUGCGAAAUAUCCUAUUUGAAUGGUUCGAAUAGGAAUGGGACCAUCAAAUUUUUUCUUCAACUCGAUUUGUAUUCGAAUGAACACUGCAGGAAAAAUAACAUUCAUCACCUUCUCUGAUUACGAUAAACUUGGCGAACGUUCGUUAGGCUCCCUGUUGACUUUUUCUGUAAAUCCUAACUUGAACCGGAAACUAAUCUUGACCAAGCAGCAAAUGAACAUUUGAAUCCAGACUUCUUUAAUGUCUGUUGAAAUAAUUGUUCCAUCUUCAAGCCAGGCCAAUGAAUAAUGCGGAUGAGGCGCUGGUUGUUGCCGUGAAAACAGGGAACUUUAGAGCAACAAAAUAUGCGCUGCAUGCUGGAGGUAAUCCAAACGUGCAGGUGACAGGAGAGUUACCUCUGCUUCACGCAGCGGCGAUGAGUCCAUUUCGCGGGGAUUUUGACUGUUGCCGAAUUUUGAAACUGCUAUUGAGUGAUCAUCGUAUAGAUCCCAAUGCUCGAGAGCCGUUGGGCGGGACUCCAUUAGUCCUUGCACUGGAAAAAGAUGCCCACGGGGAACAUGUGGGAAUUUUGCUUCAUUUCGGUGCUGAUCCCACGUUGACUGAUGACGAGAAUAUGAACGCAUUCGACUACGCUCUUUGCGGGAAAAAAGACCCGGACGUGACCGCACUUCGUCAACUGCUCGAUUUUGUGUUCAAAAAGAAACUUCCCGUGAUACCUCAUCAACUGUCUGAUGUUUCUCCGUUGUUUGGUCUCUGUGAGGCGAUGGGAAACUUGGCUGUGAAACCGGAAGAGGAUGAUUUGGAUAAAACAAUUUGUAUUGACGAUGACGAAAGAGAAUCCGACGAAGAAAAUUUGGCAGAGAAAAGACUGUGCAAAUUAGCCUUGGAUGGUGACAUCGUGACGGAUGAUGACAGCUUUCACACGGCCUUGUCGUGCGGCUCUGUUGCUUCAGAAUUGCAAGCGCUGUGUGAAGAAGAAAAAAUUUUAACUCAGCGAGAAAUCAUGCGUCGAAGAAAGGCUGCAGGUCUAGAAGAGAGAGCAAAUCUUUCUGAUGUUGAAUGGAUUGCCGAGAAAAGGAAGUGGCUUCCCGAAAAUCCGAUCCUUGGAGAAGUCGAUUGUAAGUUUCCCCGUGAGACCCGUUAUUUGAUGAAAGACCUCGGUUUCCUGGAUAUUGGAAAGAUGUAUGAACCGUUGGAAUUGGCCAUGGUUAAAUCAUUGGAGAAAUCGGAAGAGCCGUCUAAGCGCUUCGGCUGCUCUAGGAGCUGUUUCAACUAUCUUCUGUUGGAUUCCAGGGUGACGCAAAAUUUACCGGUGCGAGAUCUCACUCCGUCUGAGAAAUUCGGGACCUUUCUAUGCGCGAUAUUCUACAUCGGGAAGGGUCAGAAAAACAGGCCGUAUCAACAUUUGAAAGAAGCUGUAUUGCAAAAGAAACAGCCGAAAGUGUCAGACGAUAAAAAAUUUCAGAAGAUACAAGAAAUUUGGGAUCAUCAGUCUGGCAUCAUUUCUCUGCACGUGUUUCAUUCUCAGCUGCACAACGAAGCACUGACGAGGGAAGCAAUUAUGAUAGAUGCUGUUGGUUUGGAGAACCUCACAAACGCGAAACGGGGUCACAAGCACGGUGUUGUACGGAAAUGGCCACCAGAACAACAGCGAAGUCUUGGCGUGAAGACGGCGGCAUCAGAUUGUCAGAAGCGCUUAGGUUUUCGACGCAUGAACGCUUUACGAAUUGCCACUCCGUCGCGCUGUCGCCUAUGGCGUUCGUAUAGUAGUGACCAGAACGGAAUGAAUCACCGAUCUUUCGAGAAGAGAUCCCUUUUCGGCAUGAGCUCACAUUUCCAAAACGACGAGCGAUCGAGUAGAAGACCCUCGGGAAGCUUGCGUGAUCGUUUUCUCGGAAAGUCUAGUGCAGAAGUGCUUAAAGAGCUUCGGGAACAAUUUGAUAAGGAGCGUGACAUGUUUUUCGAGCAGCGUCCCUUUCCUCAUCGUGAAAUGCCGGGCUUCGAUCAUUUUCCUUCUCGUCAUCGAUCGUUUUUUGAAGACGGGAACUCGUUUCCUGAGCCUGAAAGCGCUCCUCAGGCACAGUCAAGCGCCUCUGGUAAAGAAGAUUCUGAUCCGUUCGAUGGAAAAGAUUCAAUUCCUAUCAAGGUGGUUCAUGAAUACACAUCUGGAAAACCGCCGAGUGGCAGUCCAUCGCAGACGAACUUCUCGACCUCGUCUGGAAAGCCACGAGAAAACUUCCAUCCACCUCAAAAGUCGGCCUCUGCUCAUGAGGUUCCGGUGUCGAACGUUGGUCGUAAACCGCAAGUAUACCAGAAAUCGUCUUCAGCUGGUGUGAAAUCUGUACCUGUGUCAGUGUUGAGGGAGGAACCUGUGCCUGAAUCUCCGGCGAAAAGGUCGAGUUUCGAGCAAAUUACAUCCGUGGAAAACGCGUUGAACGAACUCUCACCGAGUAUCAACUGUUUUUCCGGACUGAAGUCGUCGAAGGAGUACAUGUAUCUCGACGAGAUGCUAACGAGAAAUCUCAUCCGUUUGGAUGUGGUAGAAACGCACGGGGAUGAUGAAAUUCGCACGAGACGAAAACAAGUUGUGAAGCAGAUUCAAGGUCUCGUUGAACGUCUUGAAGCACUUGCCAUGGCUUCUAUGGCACCUCCCGAGCCGCCCAUUGCAAAUACUCCAGAAUCCUUGAUCGAAAAUUCCACCGCUGAACCGCAUUUGUCCGCGAAAACCGAAGAAUCUCCGACCGAAGUCAGCACACCACAAGGUACAAGUGAGGAUACCCAGCCUGCGGGUUUACGGAAUCAGACCAGUGAGACAGCUAUGGAUGUUGGAGUGAACGACAGAGUUUAUGAUCCUUCCGAUGAAGGUACCACGGUUUAGCUACUCGCUGUAACUUCCGGAAGUUUUUGGGUGCUUAAUGUUGUCUUAAUUUCGUGAUGCAACAAAGACAUACAAUGAUUACCUUCAGUGUUUUGAUGAGGUGCGCAGAUUUUGUUGCUAGAUAAGUUUGACAAGAUUCGCUUCAAAUGCAGUGUCGCAUGUUUAGAGAGUGCAGCUACUGUACUUGCUUAACCUCAGCUUUGAGGAAAUGCAUUGUGGGACUGGAUUUUGUUUGAUUAUUAAUUCGUGCCAAGAAUAAUAAAGAAAAGCCAGUGUAUUAUGCUUUUA